AAAAAAAUCAAGUAUAAAAGCUAAAUUAAUUUUUUAAAAUAAUUUUUAUUAAUAAUAUAAAGUCAAAUUAAAAGAAUAAAGUUUUUAAAUAAUCCCCAAAGAAUAUUGCGUGUUGGUCGAUUGGUUGUGUAAUAGCUAAUCACAAAACAAGAAAUGUAUUAGUCAUUAACGACUAGUACCAAAUUAAACAACUACGUUGAAUGGACGACGGCCAUCUUUUUUUCAUUAACGUCACACAAAUGCUUGUGAAUAGACACAGAGUUUGUUGGAAUUUUUUGUGAAAAUUUUACAUACUUAAAUACGUAAAAGUGCAAAAAAUAUUGUUUAAAAAAUCCUUUUCCCUAUAUAUUGCCAAUAAAUAAUUAAAAAUUAAUGGACAAAAACCAUUUUUGUGUGGUUAAAGUUAGUGGAAUUUUUUUUUGUACAUCAGCCGAGUCGAGAAAAAAUUUUGUGUGUGUACCAGACGAAUUUGUGUAGAAAGUCAUAAAACACGAAAAUUACUAGGGAUAGAAAGAGAAGUUCAAAAAAAAGUGCGAUAAAGACAACAAAAUCUUCUUCGUGUUUUUUAUAUUGUUUUGAUUUUUGGGACUUGGUCUUGUAGUGUUUUGGUUUUCUGGAAAAUGAUGGAAAACUAUGAACAGGCAAGAAUAAAUUCAGAUAGAUUAGAACAAUUGGAUGAUGUGCUACCCAUAAAACUACAGGAGAGAAAUGAGUUCUUUAAUUCUGUAGAGGAAUUUGCAGUAAACCAACAAAAUUUUACUUUUGGCGCCAAUAUUUUAAACACAAAAACAAUGUCGACAUCGUCGUCGUCAAUGGCAUCAACAACAAAUGCCAAUAGUAGUAGUUGUGGCGAAGAGGUGGUCAAAACAAAUAAUGAAAUAAUCAAAACAUUAACAUUACCGCCAACUGCUGAUGCAGAUUUAGAAGCAUCUCUAAUUGCGGACACACCAGUAAGUGUUGCUGAUGAUGAUCCCUUAAAUAUGGACAGUAAUAAGGACAGUGAUGAUGAAGCAGAAGAAGAGGAAGAUGAUGAAGGUCAAAGCUAUCAAACAGAUAAUGAUAAUUCACAGCUAACACAGGACUCUACACAGUUCCGACAGACUUCAAAAGAACACGAAGAUGAUGAUGAAGACAAUCCUGCAGAUGAUACGGACGAUUCAACUUCAGAUUCCGAUUUCUCAGACCUAAGUGGUCUUUCCGAUAUGUCGGGUAGGGAGUGGAAGCCCAUAAAUCAACGUCCUCUUAAUUGGGUGCAAAAACAGAUACACUCUGGUGCAAAUCCCCGAGAGAUACUUUCAAAAUUUCUACCCUCUUCGGCACAGCGCAUAAGUCCAGAAUUAACCGAUAUGACUUUGUGGCGUAUAUUAGCCAGCAUGCUGUCAGAGCCUCCUAGGAGAAAGAAACUCUCUUAUGUUAACACCUUCGAGGAUGUCAUUGAUCUUUUACACAAAUCCAAAAACAUUAUGGUUCUUACUGGUGCUGGCGUUUCGGUAUCGUGUGGCAUUCCCGAUUUCAGAUCUUCUGAUGGCAUUUACUCACGUUUGGCUAAAGAUUUUCCCGACCUACCUGAUCCACAGGCCAUGUUUGAUAUAAAUUAUUUCUCGCGUGAUCCCCGCCCUUUCUAUAAGUUUGCACGUGAAAUCUAUCCCGGACAAUUUAAGCCCUCUCCCUGCCAUCGUUUCAUAAAGAUGCUGGAACAAAAGCAAAAGUUGUUACGAAACUACACACAAAACAUAGACACCUUAGAACAGGUGGCUGGGAUAAAAAAUGUCAUUGAAUGUCAUGGUUCCUUUUCGACGGCUUCUUGUACCAAAUGCAAGUACAAGUGUGACGCCGAUAGUAUACGUAGCGACAUAUUUGCACAACGUAUACCCGUGUGUCCGCGUUGUCAACCCAAUGUGGAGCAAAGUUUGGAUGCAUCCGAGCCCGUUUCGGAGAAUGGUUUGAGGCGACUAGUGGAAAAUGGCAUAAUGAAACCAGACAUUGUUUUCUUUGGAGAAGGUCUACCCGAUGAGUUUCAUACAGUUAUGGCCAGUGAUAAAGACAAAUGCGAUUUGCUUAUAGUCAUGGGUUCUUCGUUAAAGGUGCGGCCCGUGGCCUUAAUACCCAGUUCUAUACCGAAUAAUGUACCACAGAUACUUAUCAACCGUGAACAGUUGCAUCACCUCGAAUUUGAUGUUGAAUUGCUGGGAGAUGGUGAUGUUAUUAUCAAUCAAAUUUGCCAUCGUUUGGGUGAAGAUUGGAAAGAUAUUUGCUUUAAUGAGGAAGUAUUAAAGGAAUCCAAAGAUUUGAUACCCCUGGAAGAUGAGCUAGAUGAUGAGGAUACAGCUAAGGAGGUUGCCACUGAUAUUGACACAAUAUCUUUGAAAUCAAAUCAGUCUGCUGAAUCGGCUUUGCAAUCUGUCACACCAACAACUGCUACAUAUUCCGAUUCUGGUUUCGAGACCUCAUCAACAUGUUCGAAAAAAGAAGGAGAAUUCUUAUCACCCGAGUAUAUGGAAGAACCCAUGGAAUCCGCUAGUUUUGGUGGCUCUUGCGAUUAUCGUCAUUUAUCCAUUGACUCCUCUAAAGAUAGUGGUAUAUUAGGCGAUGCUUCAAAUUCCGCGUUAACGUCCUCUUUUACUAAUUUCUCGGAUACGGGUGAUAUGAAGAAGAGCUUUAACAUGCCGGCCUCUACAACACAGGCAAUAAACAAUAAACCAGUGGUGGAGAAUUUACACAAUACCAAAACCGUCGAUACCAAUUGUUCGGAAGCCGAAAAACAAAGUCUACGAAGGCAAACGAAACACCAAAGCGCCGCUGAACGUCUGCACAAGGGAACCUAUUAUAUGCACGAUAAUACAGCAUCGUAUGUAUUUCCCGGUGCUCAAGUGUCUUGGUGUUCCGAUUCAGAAGAAGACGAUGAUGAGAACUUGGAGGAAUAUGAUGACAAUCACUGCAACGAUGAUGAGGAUACAAAUCACGCACCAUUAUCACCCUUAAUGACGCCUUCGGUGGAAAAUGAAAUGGUUAAAGCAAUUGCCAACACCAACACCCUUACAACACAACAAUCCAGUAAUAAUAGUUUUACCAACAGCUUAUCAUCAAUUUCUGCCUGCCCUACUCAAUCAAAAACACAACCUCAGCCGUUAACACAACAUGUACAGAAAAAACGUCAUUCAAAUGAUACUCGUGAUGAGGAUUCAGAUGUUAAAUCUUGUAAAUCGUUAAAAACUGAGGCUAAAUUGAAUGAUAAAACUCAUAUAUCAAGUCCUCCGCCACAAAAGAAGAGACGAGACUCUGCAGAAAAAACAUUCACAUCAUCUACAACUUCCCCAAACAUCAGUUUAGAAUCUUCCUAAAAACAGAACCUUUUUAAUUUAGUGUAAGUUUUAUAAUUUCUAUUUAGUUUUUGAUGUUUUUUUGUAAUUAUGUUAACUACAAUUAAGAAGAAUUAUUUAAAUCAAAGAUCAAUGUAAAAAUUAUGCCUUUUUGUAAUGAUCAAUCAUAUUUGAUCUGAGGCGGAAAUUGUGAACAUCAAAUUGUUCGGCGGUGUAUGACGACCAAGUAAAAUUUUAUGAUGGAUUAAAUUAUUGAGUGGUUUUAUGGGGUCCACUGAGUCCCUUUUAAAUUAACUUAUGCUUUCAACUUUUUUUCUAAUAUAUUUAACUGGUGUACCAUCUGUUAUUCGAUUCAAAAGAAUACUACUAUUUUGAAUUGUGUGAAACCUUCACUUAAGUUGGUAAGACAAAGCAUUUUUGUAAAUAGAUAUUUUUAAAAGUUAUUUUUUUAAAGGUACUGACAACUUUUUAAAGAGCUAAUUUCUAUAACUUACAAACAUUAUUGAAUCAUUAAUAAAUCAGGUAGAGUUCUGGUUCGAUUGAGACGACGACUACCUUGAUUUAUUUUCUCAUAUUUAAAUUUUUAAAUUUAAAUUUUUUUUUUCACCAAACAAAUUUUUUUGCAUCAAAAUUUAAUUUUUUUCACAAUUUUUUUUUAUCCAAUUUUUUUUUUCACUAAAUAUUUUUGUUCACCAAAAAAUUGUUUUAAAUUUUUAUCUUAAAUUGUGCUUUGGUGAAGGGUAUUUAAGAUUCGACACAGCAUUCUUAUUUGUUUAUUAUUAAAAGUACUUUAGAAAAAAUUACUUUUAAAAAUAUUUACUUAAGAAGUUUUUUUAACAGAUAACGAAUACACUAUUCCAGGGUUUUUAAGAAAAGAUUUAACGCAAAAAUUUAUAGUUUAUGAAGUAAUUUGUAGAUGAUUAUUGUUUUUUUUUUGAACAUUAAUUUAAUUAAAAUCAAGAUUAAUUAUAAAUAUUUUUUUUGAAUGCAUAUGAAUUUUUUUAAUGCUUAUCUUCAAUACUUUUGUAAUUAUGUGUAAAUUUGUUUUAGUUUUAUUUCGUUUUAAAUAUGUAGUUUUAAGAAAAUAUUAGUUUUUGGGUUUCUAUUCUAAAAAGCAAAACAGCAAAAAUUCCUCAAUACUUUUUUAUUAUUCGCAAGCUUUUAAAUGAUUCUUCACAAAACAUGAAUUAAUUGUGGAAUUUAAUAAAAUGCUGUAGUAAGCAAAUUAAAUUUACUACAAACCUAAAACUUUUUAAUAUAAAUAAACCAAUAGAAUUAUUUAAUGUAAAUAAAUAUUUAAAAUUGCUUUUUUUUUGUUUAUUUAAAGCAUUUAAUUAUUAUAACUAUUAUUAAAAGAAAACAAAUUAAAUCAAAUAAAAUCUAAACAAGAAUAUUUUUAAUUAUCUAAAAAUAAAACACACAAAAGCUUACAAAAUGUAGUUUAACAUAUAAACUAAA